AUGAGCGGCCACCAGCGAGACGGCCAGGUCCCGACCUACCGUGAGUGCCUCCUGCCCUUUGUGGCUCGGACCUCCUCCGUCGCCCAGAUCACACCGGCCAAGAAGAUAACCUUCCUGAAGCGAGGGGAUGCCCGGUUUUCUGGGGUGCAGCUGGCAGUUCACCAGCGCACGUUCAAGAGCUUCGGCGCCCUGAUGGACGAGCUCUCCCAGCGUGUGCCUCUCUCCUUCGGGGUCCGCUCCGUCACCACGCCCCGGGGGCUGCACUGCCUCAGCACCCUGGAGCAGCUGGAAGAUGGGGGCUGCUACUUCUGCUCCGACAGGAAAGCCCCUCAAGCCUCCGGGGGCCUUGGCAGGCAGCAGGGGAGGGGUCCCGCUGCUCAGCUGUCGGGUGAUUUUGAAGGCCAGCGUGACGCAUCAGGAACCCCCUCUUCCUGGAAGGGCCCUAAAGCUCCAAGGAGGAUACUCCUGGUUAAGAACACGGAGCCGAGAUUCCAGCGGACAGUGGUUCUCAGUCCCAGGGACACAAGCAGCUUCGCGGCCUUUCUGCGCAAAGCCUCGGAUCUCCUGCACGUUCCUGUGAAGCGGGUGUUCACAGCCAGUGGGAAAAAGGUGGACUCCCUACACGGUCUGCUGCACAGCCCGUUGGUGCUGGUGUGUGCUGGUCAGGAGCCCUUCAGACCUCCUGCAAUGGAACAUUUUAGGAGAAGUGGAACAGAAACAAUAUCUGAUCUGACUUCAAAGAACAAAAAUGGGAGCUGGGGACCGAAAGCCAAGCCAAGCAUCAUCCAUUCAAGGUCCAAGUCAGGCGGCAGGUCGAGGCCGCUCUCCGGGCUGUCAGAGAGGUCUGGUCUCAGCAAUCCCCCAGGGUCUCUGCAUCGCACCUGGCUGGGCUCUGCCCUUCAUAGGCACCCUCAGGAUACCCCUGCCCACCUUGGCCCCUUGGUGGCUGGUGAUGACUUUGAGAAGCAGGUCCACAUGAAUGAGGACGGCAGCCUGUCUGUGGAGAUGAAAAUCCGUUUACAUCUGCUCAGUGAGGACACCCUUUUGUGGUCCACAGGAGUCAGGAGGGCCAGCGACCUCACAACAGCCAAUGAGGAGCAUUCCAUUCCAGGGGAUGUAGCCCCAGUGCACUGUGUGUGGGAGGGAAGCCCUGGGUGCUUCUCAGAGCCUGGGGCAUUGAGACGGAGGCCCUGUGAGUCAGGAGGGCAGGAGGACUUUAAACAAGAGCAGCAGGCAGGGCCUGGCUUUGAGAUCUGGACUAAUCCCCUCUUUAGGUCCCAGGAAGAGGAAAUAGAUGCCUGGAGGAGGGGCCGGCUCACCCAGAACCGCCACUCCAGGCCUCUCUGGAGCCAAGGAGGGGCCAGCAAGAAAACCAGUAAAGCCAAUGCCAGUUCAGUCUCUAACCAGAGACCUGCGGCAGGCUCUGAGCCAGACUCUUCCUACCGUCCCAGGACCACGGCGGGCAGCAUGGGCAGCUGCAGUGGGCAUCAGGCCUCCAGGAAUAGAGGCCUACAGGCAGAGGUGAGUGGACGGGCCAUGGAGAGGCACCAGACCAGGGGCAGGUCUGUAUCGAGGCUGCCCAUGGCUCUGGGCCAUUCUGGCUCAUGGGAUGCUGAAGAGUGCUUGUCCUCACUCUCCUCCUGUGCCCCAGCGCAGAGGAGGGGGAGAAAGCUGAAGAGCCAAGCUCCUGGUGUGUCCUUACCCAGCACUCCUGGCUCUGGCACUGUUUCCCAGAAGAGCUGCCAAAGGGCCUUCCACUGCCCACUGGAGUCCCCUACAACCAAGGCCCACCGAGGCAAAAUGCGGGCCCAGCAGGUCUCCCAGUCACGGGACAUCCCAGAACCUAUCUCUGGGGCCUGUUUUGUGUGCACCAGGUACUGUCCCACCCCCCCAAGGGGACAGCCCUGUGUCAAGAAACACUCUUCCAGCAGCAGUAGCAAUAGCAGUAGCCGUAGCAACCAACGUGCUGAUUGGAGGCCAGAUGGAAGUAAGCAUGGGCCAGGAAAACUCAAUGGACUGAGCACACUGCCUCUGAGCACAGACUUGGGCGCCAGAGGAAGAACAAUCGGAGAAAUCAGGAGGAGCAGCCCCAGACCCAGAGGGACAUCACAGGGGAAGAUGUCUGGUGACGGGGCAGACCUUGAAGAGCCAGAGGAAGACGGUGGCAUGGUGCCCAGUGCUCUGCCCCACUUCUCGCCAGAAGCUGUUGUCUGUGAAUGGCUGACCCAUAUCCCAGAAGAUCCCAUCCUCAUGAAAUAUGAGAUGGCAGAUGAGAGCCCUACUGUGGCAGGGGUUGGCCCCGAAGGCCCCCAGGAGGGUCCUGUUGACAGAUAUUCUCUGGAAGGUCUCGGGGAGUUAGCUCGGGCCAGAGAACCACAGCCCCUAGAAGGGGCAGCAAGUGAGAGACCCAAACUAGACACAGGCCCAGGGACAGAUGAUGCUGGCCCCCAAUCCGAAGAGGCUUUGUCUCAAAGAGGAGCUUCUGAGAAGGGUUCAGAUGUUUACGAAGAAGCCAGAGCCAGCAAGAGAAGGGCGGUGGGCCACAGUAUAAGCAAGGGUGCGCUGCCCAUCAGGAUGCCUACCUCCGUACAGAUCAUGCGGGCAUUCAUCAGCUCGAAGCCGGGCCGGCCCAGCAGCAUGCCUGAAGUGUCCACCGUGGUGGGGAGGAGGCUCGGCCACUUUGCCCAUUCCCUCCUCACCUGUCUGGCCGGGCUCCACUUCUUUGACGAAGACCAUGGGUCUCCUGCCCGCAGAGUCAGGUUCACAGACUCCCCUCGGUUCCAGGAGCUCCUGGCCACCUUACAGUCCCUGUGGCCACAAUGUGAUGAAGGGGAAUUGGGCCAUCAGGAGUUCAGAUUAGGUCAUGCUCUGUCCAUCCUUGCGUCCCAUCCUGUGACUGAGGACAUCACCCUGACGUCCUCCUCGGGAGUGGAUGUCAGCAGCGGUUCUGCAGGUUCGGGAGAGGGCAGUGGGCCUUGCCCUGGGAAGGGUACCUUCCCCCCUGGAAGGAUGGAGCUGCCCUUGCAAAUGACAACGAGCUUUAUCCCUUGUCAGGAGCCCGGCACCAGGACCUCCGAGGAACAAGAGGGCCUGGGAAACCAGCACCCGAUCUGUCCCAAAGACUCCUCGGAGGCCCCAGUUUGGGCUUGUAACCCUAGUCCGGAUGAAGCAGGAGAAAAGGGCAGGGAUCAUGUGCUGGGCAGCAGUCUAGAACAGUUAGUGGAAAGCACGACUCAAAAAGAGGGCAUACCAGCCGGAAAAUCCCAAGAAGAAAUAGAAAAAGAAGAAAGGCAAGAAGCAAGUGAUCAAGAGGAAGAGUUUCUGGAUGAGGAAGGCAUCAACAGACAGGAAGUUACCAGGCUCCAGGGCAGGGGAGCAGGAAGCGAUCGGGACUCCACAGACGUGUGUCCUGCAGGGAUGAACCAGGAGCCAACAGAGCUGUGGAAUCGUGCCCGGGAGAGCAGCUCCCCAGCCAGGGAACUUCAGAGUGGCCUCGCAUUUGAGCCUGAUUUGAAAAAGCUCGCCGAAAAUGAUGGCAUGGCGGCUGAGCAAAGCCAGGUCACCCCCUCUCAGGGGACUGGGGCGAACAGAAGCCCCAUCGCUCCCAGAGUGCCCCUGGACCCUGGCGCCAUCUGGGUGCACAAGUUGCUGAAAAAGAUGGAGAAAGCCUUCAUGACCCACUUUGCCAGUGCCGCGACCUCAGUCCGUGCCCACUGGGGGCUGCAGCACCACCAUGUGCUGGACCAGAUGGUGGCAGAGCUAGAGCAGGACCUGGGCCGGAGGCUCCAAGACAGCAUUACGAAGGAGCUGAGCAAGAUCCCGAGGAGGACCGGGAGGAAGGCACCCAGGCCACCCCGGGAAGCCCUGCACUGGGAGAUGUCGCUGCAGACAGGUCAGCGGAGGCGCCGGCUCCAGGGUCUGCACAACCUCUCCGCCUUCACGGAGCCGACCGGAGUCAGUGGCUUCUCCCUGGAAGAUGAGCCUUUCUCAAGUGGAACUCUGGGGGCUGCGCUGGGCGCAAAGGUCGAGGAGGAAGAAUUCUGUCCCUGCGAGACCUGCUUGAGGAAAAACAUGAGCCCGACAUCCCCAAGGGCCAAAAUGGAAGCAGGCGGUGCACCCAUCGAGAAGGCCUUUGACCUGCAGCAGAUUCUGCAGAAGAGGAAGGGGGGCCGGCCCGAUGGGGAGGCUGCAGAGGACGGAGGGGUGGGGCUGGUUCUGGAGGCUUCCUUGAGGACACGAACUGUCCAGGGAGCCGAUGAAGAGCUGGAGCCGGGAUUCGUCCCUGGUUCUGGGGUGGAUGAGGGAGCUAAGAAGGAAGGGCAUCCGAAGCCUGGCCGAACUGAAGCUCUCCAACUAGGGGAGGCAGAGGGGACUAGUUCCCAGGAGAGACAGGAAGACUUAGCUGCUCAGCCAAGGGAUGGGACAACAGACACCGGUGUUGGCAAUGACCUGGAGAGCGAAUGGGAGGAACAGGGUGUCAAUGAGAAGGAAGAAAGCAUGAAGGAGGACACUAGGGAUGAAGGUAUUUUGGAGGGUGAAGCCUCAAGAAGAGGUGACCCAGGUCCAGGAGGAGAGGAUGACGGUGCAGAUGCUAUCAAGGCCCAGGAAAGCAAACGGGAGGGACCAGCCAUGGAGUCAGGAGAGUUCAUGUCGCCCAACAUCGGCCUUGGUUUUGAGAUAAGAACACUGAGUCGACGGGAGGGAGGCUGGAGCCAUGCCCAGGCUGUCCCCGAGGAGACGACGCUGCCCUUCCGGUGCUCCUUCCCUGGAGAGCGGAUCUGA